AGAUUAUAAACCUUUUAGUUAUGAAAAGAAGAUGAAUGUCUUAAAUCCCAAAUCUGAAAUCUCCAUGGACAAUUUCUUACUCCAAUCUCAUCAACACCAACAACAGCUACUUCUCCAAUCAAAUUUAAUGAACCCAUUUUCUCUCUCCUCCAAAUUUACACCUAAAUCAAAAACCCUCUUCUCAACAUCAUCUCCUUCUUUCCGCUACUUUUGGUGUACUACUUCACAAAACUCCAUUGAAGUUAUUCAAGCUCUCAACAGAAAAUCCAACACUAGUACUAAUGCUACUGUUACUUCAAAAGCUAAAAUCCAAAAUCUUAAAGAAAAUUGGUUGUCUUCUCUCUCAAUGAAUGACAUAAACAACAACACAAAAGAAGAAAAUGGUGGGUUACAAUGGGUUAUUGGUGUUGACCCAGAUGUUUCUGGUGCUUUAUCUCUCUUGAAAUAUGAUCAUUCUGGUUGUAUUUCUGCCCAGGUUUUUGAUUCGCCAUAUGUGCAAGUAUCAAUUGGGAAAACGCGUCGUAAACGAUUAGAUGCGAAGUCCAUUGUUCAGUUGUUGCAGAGUUUCGAUGCUCCACUAGGUACCGCUGCGUAUUUGGAGCAAUCUAUACCAUUUCCUCAGGAUGGGAAACUGGGUUGGUGGAGUGGAGGAUUUGGGUAUGGAUUGUGGAUCGGAGCCUUGGUUGCUUCUGGGUUCUCUGUUGUUCCAGUGCCGUCUAGAAGCUGGAAAAUGGAAUUUGAACUUGCUCGAAGUUCGUCAACUAAGGAUGAUAGCAGGGAGCUUGCAGCAUGCUUAUUCCCAGAUUUGAGCUCUAUGUUGAAAAGGAAGAAGGACCACGGCCGAGCUGAGGCUCUACUCAUUGCUGCCUACGGAAAAGGUCACAUGACAAAGGCAGAUGAAGCUCGCGAGUUGGACGAUGCACGUGAAGCUUUGAGCAAGCUAUAAAAGAAACUACAAUACACAACAGCAUGAUUUGACUAUUGUAACACCGUCGAUUGCACAGGAGUGAUGCCAUUUAAUAUUAAUUUGCCUAAUGGCCUCAUCGUUAUUGAUACAGUCCAUUCGUCGAGUUAACCUCAAUGUAAGAGUGAUGAUUCAUAUGUGAGAAUCCAUCUUUGUAAAUACUCAACAAUUUAUUAGGUUUAACCAUAUUGGAGCUGUGCCUGUGAUAGUUCCUAAUUAUUCCUUAUUCUGAGUUGAUCUAGAUCCAAUUUCAUGGGGUUGUUCAGUC